UAGCCAUCCUACUAAAUUGUCCAGUGUAGUGCAUUCGAUGGAAGGAUAAAUGUUGUGAGGAAAAUUGACCAAGGAGAAUACCUUUGUCUGUAACCAAGUAUAAUUCAAAGGAGAAGAUAGUUCCUGAAAUUAAAAUAAGAUAUAUUAUUAUCAGCAGUAAAUAAUUAAGAUGUUUGGUGUCUUAUUGUCUGUUGCGAUUAUCUGCAUAAUGAAAGGACAUGUUUCGUGUAUAAACAUUACAGCAUCACCGAAUUAUGUACAUGGCGGCACACAACUGACACUAACAUGUAACGUAGGCGUAUCAAUUGUUAACGGAACAGCAACCUUUCGCAGUAACUCUGGGGGUUUAGGCAGCAUUAAGUAUGAUAUUAACAAUUGUUACGUGAAUUCUUCUUCUACUCUCUGUUCAUCAACGUGUGCAUGUGAUGAAAAUAACAACCGAAUGAUAUGGAGAUACACACCAUCAUCUACACCAUCUUCUAACGAGACCUUCUAUUGUGAAUUUAAUGAUGAAAGUGGUUCAAUCCCUAAAAGUACAACAGUUACAGUGAAGCCGGCUGGUAUUAUUACCGGUACCAACGAUAUCACCAGUAACAUCUUCAUACAAUGUGACAAUUAGCGGAAAACUAGCCCCGAUAAGAUGCGUAGUGACGUGUUGGCCAUCUUGCAAUGUCAAAUGGAUUGGACCAAACAGUUUCUCUUAUAAUGGUGACAAUUUAACACUGGCUAAUAUUCAAAAGACACGUUCGGGACAGUAUCGAUGUCAAGCGACAAAUGUGGUAGGGGCAAAAAACAGUAAAUAUAUCACAAUUACGGUGCUGUAUGGUCCAGAUACUAUAGCCUUUUCUCCAUCUACUACAAGUUAUACAAUGACAGAAGGUGAAUCGAUCAAAUCCAUAAAAUGUUCGGCUGAUUGCGAACCAUCAUGUUACUUUGAGUGGAUAUACCCUAAUGGCACAAAACGAGUCGGUAAUAUUUUGCCACAACACAUUUUACAAAAGAAACACAAUGGUCAGUACAAGUGUAAAGCUUCCAAUGGGAUUGCAAAUAAUGAAAAAAGGAUGACAGUUACCGUAAAUUAUGCACCAGAAAACAUAAGAUUAUCACCUGCAGGUAACGAGUUUGUUGCAAAUGAAUUAAGUAACUUCAACAAUGUGACAUGCUUGGCUGAUUGUUUACCAAGUUGCGAAUACCGGUGGAUUGGCCAAACAAGUUCAAGUUGGUCAACUACAAACCGCCGGUUACAGAUAAAUAGUAUUAGAAGAACAGCAGCUGGAUCUUAUAAAUGUUCUGUACGAAACACCAUUGGCACUGAUGACUCGUCAAAUAUCAAUAUAAUAGUUUAUACUAGACCGACACAAGUAGACAAAAUAACUGUGGUUUGUACAAGUGCCACAACAGCGUCAAUUGCUUGGAUUCCAGAUAUGACAGUAGUACCUGGUGAAAACUUUACAGUAAAAUACAAAACAAACAGUGGGCGAAUGAAUUACUUUCCUUUUGAGGGAUCUUCAAACAAGGAUGACAUAUACUUGCUACAGGUGGACAAUCUUGCCCCAUCUACAAAGUAUACUUUUACAAUGGAAUCUAAAAAUGGUUUAGGACAGACUGAAUCGAAUAAAUACACAUGUACAACUACGGCUGCAUCAGAAGAUUCUGAAGUUAGUGGUGCUCUAAUAGGAGGAAUUGUAUUGAUAUCAAUAGCUCUACUGCUCAUCAUCAUAGUCAUAGCGUUGAUUGCACUACGCAAGUUUAGAAUACUCACAACUGAUCUUUCGAGUUCACCCUGUGGAUGUCCUAGUUGUAUUACGACGUGCAUCCAAAGAGUUUCAAGGUUAUCAAAUAAAGGUGAAAGUCCAUACAUGAAUACGAAACAAACACACUAUGUGAACACCACCAUCAAUGGACCCCAAGAGGGCAACGUCAAUAUGGAAGUAACAAAUGAUGAUAAUGAAAGCGAGAAGCAUUAUGAUGAACUUGUAAGAAGACCUUCGAACUCUGAUAAACCAUAUGAUAGCUUACAAAUGUCUCCAACAGGUACACAAAAUGAUCCAUCGUCACAUUAUGCUAAUUAUGAAAAUGUCAAGAAAAAUAAAAAGAAAAAAGAAAAAGUGGCACUGAAACCUCCUCCAGUGAAACAGAAGCCAAAAAAGAAGUCUAACAGUUAACCUAAAUUAACGUUCUAUACUAGUAUAAGGUGCAAUACUACUGAUUUAAUAUUGAAACCCGAGAAGAAGUAUGAAAAGAGAGCCCAAGUUAUAAAUUAAGAAAUUAUUGAGAAUCUAAAGUUCUUACUUUCUCAGGCAAAUUAUAUUUGGCUACUAUUUUACGAUCCCUUUUUGGUCAUAAAGCCCAGUAACGUUUCUCGUAUGUUUCAUCCCCGGCUUUUAAAUUUUGUUGAAGCGUUCCCGAUAAAGGUAGCUCUUUGGAACCACGAAUUUUUAUUAAGUGUUAUUCGGUGUUUAAGUCGCAUCCUACAUCGUUUUGAUUUAUUGCAUUUAGUUUCAGCAAUGAAACCACCAAGUUUGAGAAAUCGCAGAUUUAUAAAUUUUCGAAGUUUGAUUCGAAUACUUGCACAACUUUUCUUUGAGGAAAAUAACUACAGAGAAAAGAGUAAGAAUUUUAUAUCAGCAUUUAGAAUAUACAGGAACUUCACAUCUUUAAAUCAUUGCCACUUGGCCCAUAUGACUGCAAAAAUAGUAAAUUCCCAAUCCAUUUAUUUGAAUAUUUAGUACAUUUUCCUGAAAAAAAAACCAGUGAUAAUUCUCAUAUCAGAUAAAAUGAUCUGAAAUAUCUGAAUUUAUAUUGAAUUUUAAUUGAUUUUACUGAACUGCCAUAAUUAUGUAAAUAACUAUAUAUUGGGGAAUUAUUUUAAAUUUUGUUUAAAAAAAAUACAAAAUGAACAACAGUCUUACUCCUCAAAAAGGUUUCACCCCCAGCAAUAUCUUUGUAUAAGAUGCCUUAUUAUAAAGCCAAUUUUUGGGUCAAACUGUUUUUAAUUUAUUUUUGCAUUAAUGGUAAGAUCUAAAAACUAUCUUUUAAUAUGUUUGUAGAUUUCACUUUUUUAUUUUGUUUCAAUUAACUGUUAUCAACAGCCUUACAAAGAAAGAUAUACUAUUCUUUUAAGAGAACGUAUAGCAAACCUGUACUUUUUAUGCUGUUUCUCAUAUCUAUAUAGGUAUGGGAUGAUAUGAAAAUUAUAGUUCGACAGUGCUUGUAGCUUAUACAUUUUCCCUUACAUAUAACAAUGGAAGGCUGAAAGCAAAUAUGUUAGACCAAGUUUAAAUUGUUGACAUACUUAUAGUAUGGUAACUAGAUCAAGGUUAUUUAAUAUGAUUGUUUAUAAAACUAUGUAAUGUAAUUUAAGUCAAGGAUAAAAAUAUGAUCCUACAAACCAUAUCAUACUUACUGUAUACACACCUCAUAUGACAGCUGAGAAAAUUUAUAUAUUACUUGAAUAAAUAUAUAUGAACUAAGGAUCGGGGGGCAAAUCGAGUCUGGUAUAUUAUAUUCCGUGUUUCAUAAGGGGAACCGAAAAGAAAGACAUCCGUAUAUAAAAAAGUAUCUAUUGUCAAGAAUGCUGUUGAUCGAGGCUUUUUAUUUAGGCGUUUUAUACCAUUAAUUCUUUCUGGUUAGUUAAUUAACAGCUGAGAUAAGUCAUCAUUUAGAUACUGAAAAUUCCCUAAAAGGAAGUGAAUAGUUGAAUUUAAGAUAAGAAAAAAUCUCAGAAUAGAACAAUAGGAUAUAUGGAGGAAGACAUCAUUGAGAUUGAAAAAAAAACUCAUCCACGAUUCAGGCUUAUAAUUUUGCGUUUCAUCUACAAAAGACAUCAGUGACACUCGAAUAAAACAAAUAAAAAGGUAAACUAAGUACUGAGUUGAAGAGCAUUGAGGACCUAGCAUUCCUGAAGAUUUUGCCAAAUAAAACUCCUUGACUUGAAAAAAGAACAUAAACAUGUUUCUACAUGAAAGUAGUUCUAGAGAAUUGAUCGUCAGUAUGUAUUGAAUACUUUUUGUAUGCGUGCAUGUACAUAGCAAAUUGAAAGCUUUUUCACUCGAUAUUAUUGUUACGUUUUUGUGUAUUCAUUAAAAAAUUAUGAAGAAAUA